AUGCGUAAAUUUGGCAAAAUAUUGUGGUUAUUGAACUUGAAAAGCAGCGGUCCCUAUGACCCGAAAGCUACUGGGCGGGGUUCAAGGGAUGAUGUGAUGCAUCAUCAAGCUGGUCAGAUUACCCCUGCAGCAUUCAAAAGUGCUGUCCAUGAUUUACAUAACCAUUUGGCUUGUAAUUCUAACAGUACUGAGGAAUGGUUUAUUGAUGAAUUUGCAGAACAACCGGUUGAACUGGAGAUGGUCUGUCGGAAAUCUAUUCCACUUAGAAAAUCAAGUGAUUCAUCGACUGACGCAAUUGUUAUAGAGUAUCGUGUAGUAUACAGUGAGAGUUACCAAGUGCCUGUUCUGCUUAUUCGCUUUCAAACAAAAAGUGGCCGUUCAUUACAUCAUGACAAAUUAUGGUGUGAAAACUUACGAUCUUCUGCGUUCCCGAUUUCAAUGAACCCUUUGCCUUUAUCCGCUCUCAGUGAAAUUGAGCAUCCUCAUUUGGGUAUUCCGUUCUAUCAAUUUCAUCCUUGUAAAACUGCUGAUCUCAUGACUGAAGUAUUUUCCUCAGCCUCUGUUAAUUCGAUAAGUCCGCUAAAAUACAUAAUCAUGUGGUUAAGCUUAAUUGCAUCUCCUCUCGGACUUAAUCUUCCUCAAUCGUUAUGUUCCUUAUAAAUGUUAUGAGAUUUUUAAAACCUCAAUAUGUAUUUAUAUUUUUGUAAAGGUUUUUAAAUGUUGAGAUAACUGUAAUUACCCUUUUAUUUGAGUUUUGGCCUUACUCUUGACCCAUCAACACUCACCACUUUGUCGAUAUGUCACUUCUUAUUGUAAUCUUAUCUUCUGAAGUUGAACAGUGUUGUGAUCAAAGUUCAGACAAAUAAGAAUUUAAAAAACUGAAAGAUUGAGCGAAGAAAUAUUUACUUUUCAAUUAGAUCCUCAUCUCUAGCUCUACUCUAAUAUACAUAGCAUUUUUAUUACAAUACACAACAGUUUACCAAUCAAGUGGCGAUAUAUUUGUUAACAAUAAUUAGUCAGUGUCAACAUGUCAAUGGGGUGAUAAUUAACGAAGAAAAUCAAUACACAUUUAAAAAGUAGAAAUGGUUAGAAUAAAUUAAUUUUACAAGGAUAACACGUAAUUAAAGAUGAAGUGGUCAAAAUAAAUAAUAAAAAAUAAUUUGGACAAUUAUAAUUUUUAAAGGUUUAGGGGGAGGGGGCGAAGUAGUCCAGUUUAUACAUUCAUGUAACGAUGGCCAAGGUAAGGAAAGUGGCUGUACAAAUUUCUUCUGAACAUACAGGUUUGGCUUC